AUGUUUCACGAGAUGGCACCAUGGGUGCCAACUUUUACCCAGUCCAUGAAAAACCACGUGCAGCCUUUCAUACCGUUAACGUUCAGCACGGUAGAUCCCUCUUCUAUGAAACCCAAGUGUAGAACGGUUGUAUUCAGAGGGUUUUUAUUUGAAGAUAAGAACUGCAACGUGUUAACGUUUAAUACCGAUACAAGAAGCGAUAAAUUCAAGGAAAUCGACUCUUACUCAGCCGAGAAAGGGACCCCUGCGCCAUUUGAGGCUUGCUUCUAUUUCCCUGCAACUGAAGAGCAAUUUCGGUUCAGCGGCUCCUGCUUUGUUGUUUCAAGAAAUAAUAUUUCAGAUUUAACAGCUAGGUACUCUGCCUUCAAUGGCACUAAUUUUUAUCCAAUACUUUCUCCUAGCGUCUUUGGAAACGACUCAAUCUCUAGUGCGUAUGUUAACGAAGAGUUGUACACCAGCGAGUCUAUCCCAAUAGUUGACGGUGCAUACCAAGAAGCCUUACACACCCAGAAUGACCUACUUUCACCAAGUUCAAUAUCCUCUACUUCUGAUGGCCCUGUAUUGAAUUUCCCUGCUUACUAUAAUCCUGAGUAUUGUCCUCCAUCUGCCAAAGAAUGGGAGCUCGAAAUCCAUCGGCAUUGGCUAAAAUUGUCCAGGACUAUGAAAUCCCACUAUCGUGGUCCAGAUCCCGGCGCACCACUCACUCCCAGCCUUUCAAAACAACUAGAUAAGAUCCAAAGAGGUGUAGAUGGAGCUGGAGAAGACACUGGACUUGAUAACUUUGGAUUGGUGUGUCUCUGUGUUGAUCAAGUUAACUACCUAAAUUUGCAUAACGGCCGGGGCGGCGAAAGAUGGAAAUACACUAGGGAAAUUGACGAAAAGACUGGAUUAGAAACAUGGAGUGAGCAGGAACUUUGCCCAUAG